AAUGACAGAAUGGACUUCUGGAAUGUGGCAAUCAAGAUCAUUUUCUUAUCACAAAUUACAACUGGAAUUUUUGGAAAUUUCACUCUUUUAUUCUAUUAUCUAGUCCUUUACAACAGAGAACAUACAUUAAAGCCCACAGACUUCAUUCUUAUGCACCUACUAAUAGCCAAUGUCUUGGUCAUUCUCUUUUCAGGAGUGCACCAAACAAUUGCAGUUUUUGGGUUAAAGGAGUUCCUGAAUAACUUUGAGUGUGAGUUCCUAGUUUAUAUUCAAGAAUUUGGCAGAAGUGUGUCUAUUUGCACCACCUGCCUCUUGAGUGUAUUCCAAGUCAUAACCAUCAGUCCCAGGAUAAUCUGUUGGAAGAAUCAUAAGUUUAAACCUGCCAAUAACAUUGGCUACUCAAUUUCCCUCCUUUGGGUCUUGUAUAUGUUGAUCUAUUUCAUUUUAUUUAUGUACACAAUUAUCAAGAGGAAUGAGAAAAAUGUUACAAGGAAACGAGGUUUUCGAUAUUGUUCUCUUAAAGGGACCGAUGACAUCACUGACUCACUGUAUUUGGCACUGGUGGUAUGCUCUGAAGUCUUCUUUUCUGUACUCAUUGCCUGGUCCAGUGGUUCCAUGAUUGUCAUUCUGUAUAGACACAAGCAGAGGGUUCAAUACCUUCACAGAAUUCAUGGAUUUUGCAGAACCUCCCAUGAGUACAGAGCCACCCAGAACAUCCUUAUACUGGUGUCUACCUUUCUCACCUUUUAUACUCUUCCCUCUAUCUUAAGAGGUUUCAUUGCAUUUUUGCCUAAUCAGAAUUGGUGGCUGACGAACAUAAAUUACCUUUCUUCUCUGUGUUUUCCCUGUUUUGCCCCUUUUGUUUUUAUGAGUCAUUACUCCACUGUGUCCAGAUUCAGUUUGGCCUGGUUAAGAAAAAAAAAUCCUGUGUUUUUUGCUGCAACUUUGCUUCACCUUGACCAGUAG